CUUGAAGGUCUUUUAGUCCCGGCGCAGCGGUCGAGGGCGGGCCUGGGCGGUGGUCCUUUGUCACCCACCCCCUCCUCCCUCUCCAUCCGACAGCUAGGCCAUACCGCCAUCCAAGAUGGACCAUACGAUGAUGAACCCGGCGACAUAUGCGAACUCGGGGAUGGAGAGCGAGGGUUAUGGUUCGGUCGGGCAUCUGCACCACCUUUCCUCGGAUGAUUCGCUGCCGCUCGUCAGCUGGGGACUGGAGAACGACGGCGGCCGCGGGUCCAUGGCACAGUUCCAGCAAGCAGCCGUCCCGUCUGACUGGCCUAAGCAGCUGCAUACGGCCGCAGGCACUCCGAGCACGGUCGAGCCAUCCACUCCGGCCCUGCAGCAGUACGUCCCGCGGCUGACGGCGGAUUGGUGCCAGCAGUCCCCGUUUGACGACGGCAGUUUUGACGACUGGUCCCAGCCGGAGUCGGUACCCUGGGACCCGGGCGCAGCGGUUUCCAGCGCCAACGGGCAAGCUGCACCAGUGGGCGGAUCCACUCUUCCGCUGAACCACGGCGAUGGCAACUGCAACUGCAACGGCAACUGCAACGGUAACUGCAACGGCAACUGCAACGGCAACUGCAGAAGCAACAGUAACAAUAGCAGCAGGAACAAUGGGAACAACGGAAACCCCAACCCCAACCAUAGCCACAUCAACAACAACAUCAACAACAGCAACAACAGCAACAACCACAACAACAAUGCCGACUCGGUGCAACCGCCGCUCGAAUCCGAAGCAACUUCGGGCCUGUUCUCGGCUGAGUGGCACUCGGACGAGCUGGCGCAGUCGCGCGAAUAUCAGCUCCAGCUGACGAGCGACUACGGCGUCACCGACGGGAGAAAGCGGAGGGAAUGGCGCGACUCGGACGACAGCCACAGGGUGCUGAGCAGGAAACGCUCACGCAUCUCCCUCCAGACCCAGGGUCUCGACGCGGCCGAGUUCCCGAGGUACACGCCCCAUCAUACCCUGCUCGGGCGGAACUCUUUUUCCUCCGCCAGCCACGCCACAUCCGCCCCCAACAGCGCUAUGGCCCUGUCAUUUGACUCGGCCGACGCGUACCCCUCCAAUGGUGCCGGCGGUGACAUGACCAACACCCCGGCGAGCCCCGAGGACGACGGCCUGAGGAGCGUCAAGGGGACGAGCCCUAAACGGAGCACUGUCCGGCGCGUCAGCAGCGCAACCACGGUUUCCACCACAUCCCCGGCGAGUCCCACCCCGCAAAAUAACAACUUUCACCAAUACCACCAUUACCACCACCAACACCAACCCCCAAGCCCGGAGUCGCCUUCUAGCCCAGCCGGGACGAACGCAACAGAAGCACCGAGCACCCCAGUCCCGGCCAGCACGAUGGCAACAGCAACGGAAACAGCAACGGCGUCGACAUCAGCAUCAGCAACGACAACGCCAACAACGCCGACGACGACGACGCCGACGACACCCACCGGCACCAGCACCAGCCGGAAGAAGCCGGCGAUCCGGGCGCGCAACCGGGCGGCGGCGUCGCGAUACCGGGCCAAGACGCAGGCGGCGUCGGCCCAGCUCGAGGCGGACGAGCGCGAGGCGAGCGCGCGGCACCAGACGCUGCUGGCGCGCGCCGGCCAGCUGCGCGACGAGGUCUUUGCUCUCAAGAACGAGCUCCUCCGCCACGCCGACUGCGAGUGCCCCCUCAUCCGCGGCUACCUGACCCACGCGGCCGAACGCGCGUGCGCCGGCCUCGGCCUCGGCCUCGGCACCACCACCGCCGCCGCCGCCGCAGCAGCAUCAGCCGCCAGUACCGCCACCACACCGACGGGCACCAACCCGGGGCCCCUGGUCGGCCCCCCUCCCGUGCAUAACCCCGUGCCCAUGUCCAUGUCCAUGUCCAUGUCCAUGCCCGUUCCCGUCCCCGUCACCAUGUCCAUGCCCCUGCGUAGCCCGGGAACUGGGAUCGCGGUUUCCGGGCCCGGUGGGCAGAGGGGUCGGUUGAAUGGCGAAUGAUUGCGGCCCCCGGCCAGUCAACUGUUGUUGUUGUUGUUAUUGUUAACAUGAACCCCGAAGAGGGAACAUGUCAACAAGACAAGAACAACG